CAAACUUAGAGAACUCAAAAGUUAAGCACGACUCAAAGAUGGCACCAAUGGCAUUAGCAAUAGAAGAGUUGGAAAAAGAUUGUGACUAUGUUGAAGAUGAAGACGACGAAUAUGAUGAUGAUGAUUAUGAUAAAUUGCAAAAACCAUUAAAUGAUGAUGAUGAUUAUGAUAAAUUGCAAAAACCAUUAAAUGAUGAUGAUGAUAUAUUUAUCGACGAUGAUUCGGACCAUACGGAGGAGCUAUGGGAGGAAGAAGAAAAAGAGUACGACGCGGAUGAAGACAUAUUUAUAGAAAUUGAAGGAAAAGAGAAAGACAAGAAAGUUGAAAGUGACGAAGCAAUGGAAGAAUAUACGGAAGAAAUUCGAGAAAUAAACGAUAGAGAUGAAAAUGAAUCCGUUGCUUUGACAUUGACAAAUAUAAAUAUUCUUGAUUGCUCCUUCUGCUCCCAGGCCUUGAAUAUUCCUGUUCUUGAGUGUGCAAAUGGGCAUUUGGGUUGUUCAUCAUGCAGCAAGAAGCUUAAUGGAAAAUGCUUCACUUGCUCUUACCCUUGGCCUCUGAUAAGUACUACUCACAGCAAGAUCAUUGAAAAUAUUCUCCAAUCUGCUAAAAUAGCAUGCAAGAACUCCAUUUAUGGAUGCAAAGAAAUCACAAUCUACAACGACAAGCAUAUUCACGAGACGAUUUGCAUUUACUCACCAUGUUCUUGCCCCGUUCAAGACUGUACUUUCAUCGGCUCGUCCAAGGUUUUGUGCAGACAUUUCAGAGAUAAGCACCACGAUGCUGCAAAGUCUUGUAAAUACGACGAGGCUUUGUCGUUGGAAUUGAGCAUUAACGACAAGUUUGUGAUACUUCAAGAGGAAAAUGAAGGUAAUGUGUUUAUUCUGAGCAAUAUUCUAGGAUCCUAUGGCUAUGUAGUCAGUGUCGGUCUCCUCGGAAGCUGCUCGGAAUCGGAAAAAUCAUUCAUUUAUUCGAUUCAAGCGAAGACUGAGACGGGUGCCGUUAGAGUGAUUUCUUCAAUGGAGAAGCUUCAAGGAAAUAAUUAUAAUAAGGUUUCUUCGACAGGGUUUGUUUUGAUUCCAUGUUUUUAUUUUGGGUUUGAUGGAAAGGUUCAGCUAGAAAUAUGCAUUAGGCACUUGAUGGAAAAUUAGCCAAUUUGACUCUGCUUUUGUGUAUCUUCAAAUUUGAAGUAGUUUUGACAGAAUUGAGACCGAUGAUGUUUAAUUUUCUCAAAUGUUCAUCAACUUUUAUAUUCCAUUGUUAAAUUGUUUA